GUCGAAUAUGGCCAGCUUAUCAACAGUACCGAUGUCCUGCGCCCCGCAGCUACGGUUAUGAACCAGCAAUAUACUUUCCAAAUCAUCUCCCAGUCAGAACCCGGGUUGAACAACAGGAGCUUUUCAGUGACGGUGGGCAAGAUUGUGGGAGGAUGUUCUGCGAUCAAUGCGCAGAUGUUUGAUCGAGGAAGUGCCGCGGAUUAUGAUGCUUGGGGCGAUGUGACGGGGAGCGAGUUCAGGGAGGCGGGAUGGACGUGGGAUGGGCUGCUGCCGUAUUUUAAGAAGAGCGUGACCUUUACGCCCCCGCCAGCAAGCGAUGUCGAGAAAUACGGGUAUACGUACGAUGUCGAGGCCGCGUACGGCGGGAACGGCAGUGUCCAAGCGAUCUACCCACCAUUCCAGUGGCCGAGCGAAAAGGUUAUGAGAACCGCCUGGGCGGAGCUGGGAGCCACGCCGCAAAAAGAAGCCGCUGGUGGGAAGGCGUACGGUGUCUUCUGGCUGCCCAGCUCGCAAGAUCCGAAAACGCAGACGCGCUCAUAUGCACGAACGGCACACUACGAUCCCGUAGCAAGCCGUGGGAAUUAUCAUCUUCUCGUAGGCCACAAGGUCACUGAACUCAUAUUGGCAGAGACGGACAACGAAGAGAGAGGAUUCGAAGCGCAGGGCGUCAAGAUCCAACCCGUCGAUGGAAAGAAUGUGACUACCGUCAGUGUCUUAAGCGAUCAGGAAGUCAUUCUGGCUGCUGGUGCUAUCCAUUCUCCGGGUAUACUACAGAGGAGCGGCAUUGGACCCAAAGACGUUUUGAGUGCUGCCAAUAUUUCCCUCAAGGUCGAACUGCCGGGUGUAGGCCAGAAUUUCCAGGAUCAUGCGACGACAAGUCUGUUCUACGAUAUGACGAGCGAUCUCCCUGGGCCGAUGGACAUGUUCAUGAACCAGACGCUCUAUCAGGAAGCUCUACGGCAAUACGAGCAGGAACAGAAAGGUCCUCUAACCCUCAGCGGUGGGAAUAGCGGCGCCUUCCUCCCGCUCUCGCUCAUCACAAACUCCUCACAAACCAUUCUCUCGGCAAUCAACUCGCAAGACCCAUCUGCCUACCGCCCCAAAGACACUCAUCCAACUGUUCUAGAAGGCUACGCAAACCAGCUCGACUCGCUUAAGAAACUACUCUCCUCCAAGGAAGCCGCCGUUUUCGAGUACCCAAUUAGUGUCGGCGCGAUGAUCGCCUUCCUCAAGCCGCUGUCCCGUGGCAGCGUCAACAUCGACCCUCUGAACCCGCUCGCCGAGCCUCUCGUCAGCUACCGUACUCUGACGCAUCCGGCCGACCUCGCGAUGUUUAUCCAAGGCAUCAAAGUCUUCCGACGUUUGUAUACUAUGCCCUCGGCGAAAACCCUUGGUCCUGUGGAGCUCUUCCCCGGGCAAAUGGUGCAGACGGACGACGACUGGGCCAAGUGGCUGAAGACGAGCAUCACGCCGAGCUUCUACCAUCCGGUCGGAACAGCGAGCUUGGGUCCGAAGAGCAAGGGAGGUGUCGUGGGGCCGGAUUUACGGGUUCACGGCGUGACGAGCUUGAGGGUUGUAGAUGCGAGUGUUAUGCCGUUGAUUCCGGGGACGCAUACGAGCUCCACUGUAUAUGCGGUUGCGGAGAAGGCGGCGGAUCUGAUUAUCAAAGACGGGCAGUGAGGGGCGGAUGAGGGGGAUAGCGAGUAAGUCGAUGAUGGAAUGAGGUAAGGACCUAGCGCGUGUGCUGUAAGCUUUUCAUGUCUG